AUGAGUGCUUUUAAAUGCGAAGUGUGUGGGCAAGUGUAUAAUUACAGAAAGAAUCUCAGUCAGCAUGUUUGCAAAAACCAUCAACAAGAGCUGCCUGUUGCCACUACAACUACUGUAGCUUCUUAUCAGUGCUAUGUGUGUGACAAAAUUUUUGCUCUUAAAAAUAAUUUGUAUCGCCACCAAAGAAAUAUUCAUGGUUUGCAGGAAGGGGGGUUGUUCUUCAAGUGUACAUUGUGCCCAUUUCAAAGUAGUUCAAAACGGGGUUGGAUAGAUCAUUUACAAACUGCUCAUCAAAUUCAACUUAAUUCCGAAGAUCUGCAGUUCUCAAAUGAAGACGAGUUUUAA